CAGAGCGAGCCAGUGAGUGAGCGAGAGAGGCAGAGAGCGAGUUGUGCAAUGCUGCCUGUGAAGUUACUUUCGCUUUCAGUCAGCCAGCGUGAGCGUGAGGAAUGAGCUCUGAGGAGAGAGCUGUGUCCAGAGAAAGAGACGAAAUAGAAAAGAGCGCACGGCACAGAGCCUGAAAGCGGACACCACCGAGGGAAGAGGCAGUUCUAGGGGUCUUGUCAGGAAGGACAGCACGUGGGGGGUCCCAAGAAUCAACAAAAAAAAAAGACAAGGAUAGGGAACGGGAGACAGUUGGAACCACCACAGAAGUGGAGAAAUGUGCUGAUAAGCCCUGGUGUUUAUUCAACCCUGGAGACCCGGAGACCUGAGGAGAUGAUCUACAAAGUUUUCCUCCUGUCCUUGCUCCUUGUGGCCGAGAUCAGAGGAAAGGACCACCACUCAAUAAGAGGGCUGCAGAACAACAUCAAUGCCAGGAUACCUGUAUUUCGAACAAUUUUUCCCAAGGACUACAAAACUGUUCACCACUACAGUGACAGCUUGUUGUGCUCUGGAGACGAGGCUCGGUGUUGUUUGCUGCGUGCCAUCUUCCUUCUCAGCACUGACUGGGGGACUGUACUUUCAAAUCUGUGGCCGGAGCACACACAAGUGUCAUUCAUUACUAUUAUUUUGAAUGACCUUAAAAAGAUCAGCAAAGAGUACUUCGUUGAAGACGAGCUGGACCCACAAGAGUUCAACUCCUAUUCUUCCAGCGUGGAAUACCUGAUGAACGUUUCCCACCACCUCUUGGAUCUCUGGCUUAAUAUGACAAAAGACACUAGCCAGAAUUGCCACUUUUAUAACGACGAAGAAAAUCAGCUUCAUCAUUCAACUAUUCUUCCCCGUUCAAAAGAGCAUAUGAACAGCAUGCAGUCCAGGCAUGGGAAGAGAUGGGACUCUCCUCCAGUUGCAGGGAAGGCAACGGACUUGACAAAGAGACUUGAAAUUGUAAUCAUGCUGGUUUCAGCAGUGCUGUCUGGCACAAUACUGGUACACUGACUGCAGCCAAAACACGGGAGGGUCGCCCAACAGCUGGUCUGUGGGGACUCCCCCUCACGGCACUUUAGAGGGAUCAAAUCUGUUUGACGAGCACUUUGCGUAGCCUUAGAAGAGUUGCAUCAAAUGAAACUGGACUGAACAUCAUCGUAUCAUGGAGGUCUCGGCUCUGCUAACCCUUGCAGCUGUACAGAUAAAGCUUAAGCAGCUCCAUGGCACUUAUUAACAACGGAGUGGCAUCUUCUUUAAUAUUUUAGCCAGCAAGCUCCUUCGGACUUGGGUUGGUGGUGAUCUUCUGUGUUACUGCCGGAGACAUCAUCUCGGUACAAAAACAAGUUCGUGUGUUUCUGCCUUGAUGAAGGGAGAUUAUGCAUUUACUGCAAUGGGAAAUGAUAAAUGGAUGGUAAGGGAGAUAAUAUAUUAUACCGUCCAGUUCAAAAUUCAAUUUGAUCAGCUUCCAGAGGCCGGCAGCCACUUGAUACUACAGACUGCUUAAGCCGGUAGCUGCACUAUCUUAGUAUUUGCUUCCGUUCUGGAAGCCUUUAAUUGUUACACUUGUCACAUUGACUGGUCUUAUUGAUUUAUUUUUUGUUUUUUUUUUUAGAAGCCUUUUGGUAUAAAGUACCUUACAGUAUAUUGGAUCAAGCAGACCAGUGGUGCUCAGGAAACCUGUAGUUACGCCAUCUGAUCGAUUUAUCUUUAUAUUUUGCUCUCUAGCUGCCCUCUCCCAUAGAUCUGUCUCAGUGUUUCUCAUUCUCCUUGUCUUUUUCAUUUUAGGCAGCAUUUUAAUCCAACUUCAUUACUGAGUCACGGAAGCCUUUAGCUCCUCUGUCUAAUGUUACAGUCACACUCGGCUCGAUGUUUCUUAAAAUCCAGCAGUUAUACACACCAAGUGAGUCAACAGUCUUCCUGUUUCUCAGAUGCCUUUAGUUACAUAGUCUUGUGGGUUGCAGUCUUACAGUUAAUCCGUCCCAUCGACUGAUUUCAUCGAUUUCUACAAGUGUGUAGUCUCACCAUUCCAAAGAAUGGUUACCCAGAAGCCUGUAGGUACCCCAACCCACACACUCUUCUUAUUAGUUUGAUGCUUGAGGGCUUACCGUUUUCUUGAACAUUGAUUCUCAGAAGCCUGUAACUACACCAUGCAACAAUCUGAUAUCAUUGAUUCUUAGAUGCCUGUAGGCCCAAAGUCCAAUAGGCUCUGCACAUUAAUUAUUUGAAGCCAUUCCAUAGACUGGGUACAUUGGUAGUCUGCAGCGUGUGGCCUUUGGACUCAUCAUAUUGAUUAUCGAACAUUAGACAUCUGUAGCUUUUGUUUCCCUUGGACAUUGACUGUCGGAUGUCAUAAGCUCAUCCUUCCAUAGUCUGGGCACACAAAUUAUCUAAAUCUAUGAGGCCUUCUGUCCCAUAGACUGGACAUAUUAGCUCUCUGAUGUCUGUAGGCCCACUGCCCCAUAGACUGGACGUGCUGGUUCACAGAAGUAUUUUGACAGACCAUCCAAGACACUCCUCUUAGUGAUACUUGAAUUUUAGACAACUGUAGCUCUAGUCUUCCUUGCGCUGGACACAUUGGUCCUCGUGAAGCCUGUAGAAUUAGAGUUACUUGUUCCUAUGACAUUCCGUUCCAUUGCUAUUUUGUAAUUCCCUCUCACAUUUGAGGUCUCCUAAUUUGUUGUCCACAAUGUAAAAGCCAUCUUUUUUAGCCCAGUCAAGCCUCAGUGUUAUUAGACAUCUGUCGCUUUAGUCAGGCAUAUCCGGGGCACAUUGUUCCUCUAAUGCCUGAAGACACACCAUCCUUUGCACUCGUCAUAUUGAUUAUCGAACAUUAGACAUCUGUAGCUUUUGUUUCCCUUGGACAUUGACUGUCGGAUGCCAUAAGCUCAUCCUUCCAUAGUCUGGGCACACAAAUUAUCUAAAUCUUUGAGGCCUUCUGACCCAUAGAAUGGACAUAUUAGCUCUCUGAUGUCUGUAGGCCCACUGCCCCAUAGACUGGGCGUGCUGGUUCACGUCCAAGACACUCUUCUUAGUGAUAAUUGAAUUUUAGACAACUGUAGCUCUAGUCUUCCUUGCGCUGGACACAUUGGUCCUCGUGAAGCCUGCAGAAUUAGAGUUACUUGUUCCUAUGACAUUCCGUUCCAUUGCUAUUUUGUGAUUCCCGCUCACAUUUGAGGUCUCCUAAUUUGUUGUCCACAAUGUAAAAGCCAUCUUGUUUAGCCCAGUCAAGCCUCAGUGUUAUUAGACAUCUGUCGCUUUAGUCAGGCAUAUCCCGGGCACAUUGUUCCUCUAAUGCCUGAAGCCGCACCAUCCCAUAGGCCCGUCUUACUGAUUACUGAUCAUUCAGCGCCUUUAGUUCUGGUCUGCUCAGGACUAAGCUAAUUGUUUCCUUUUAGCUUCCCAUACGCUGGCCAUAUUAGUUCUCAGAAGCUUGUAGGACCUCCAUCCCUUAGUCUGGACACAUUGAUCGUCUGGGGCCUGGAGCCUCACCAGCUCAUAGACUUGUCAUGUUGAUUAUUAGACAGCUGUACCUUUAUCAUUGCACAGACUAGGCCCGUUGGUUUUCCCUUCCAUAUAGGCAGACCCUCCUAGAAGCUCGUCAUAUUGUUUAUCGCUUAUUGGACAUCUUUAGCUCAGGGUACCUCUGGAUUCACUGGUUCUCCAAAGCCUGUAGGCCACAUUGCUUGUCUGAAGCCACUCCACCCCAUAGUCCCAUCUUAUUAUUUAUUGAUGAUUUGAGCCCUUUAGCUCUGGUGGCCACUGGGUGGACUCGCUGGUUUCCUGAAGCCUGUUGGUCUGCUAUCAUAUAGACUCUCCUCACAGCUUCUCUUAAGCGUCUAGCCCCUCCGUCCCAUGGGCUCAACUUGUUCAUUACUGACUUUUUGUGACCUUGUUGUGGGCUCACUGGCUCACAGGGGUGAGCUACAACUUCCCAUACAGUAGAUUAGUCAAAUCUUCUAAGCCUACUCAUUUCUUUCUUCUGGGCAGGACUCUCAUAUUUCUGUACCUUUAAGGGCACCGAGCGGUGAUAUUCUCAAUUUUACCUGCUUAAAGCCUGCGGGAUUUAAUUUUUGGCUCAGUUUCACAUACUUUAAAUUGUAUUUAACAGCGAGAUUGCCGGUACAAGUCUGGGGCGCUUCUGGAUAAUGACAUUCUUUUCAGUUGAUUAGGCAAACACACUAGAAAAACAUCUCUUAAUAAUAUUCUAAGAAAGAGUCGCGAUUUAAAAUAAAAGCAGGUGAUCUAAAAGCGUCGCCAGCUCAUCUCCUUCACAGCUACGUCCAUUAGAGUCGAAGGCCGUCAUUCAUCUGCAUUUACACCAUUCUGUAUGUGCUACUUGUCUUAAAUGCUGUGCAUUUGUGAAAUUGUAUCGUUUGCUGUGUUGUUAAUAUUAAAAAGGGCCAUUUUGUGUCAAUUUGUAUUAAAUUUCUCCUAGUAAAACUCAUUUCUUUU